AUGAGUUCAAAUGACAAUUCCAUUACAACAACAAAUAAUGCAUCUAAAAUCAAAGAUGAUGCUAAUAAUGAUGAAAAUUUUUCAUUUGAUUCUAAUCAAAUAUCAUCUGAUGAACAACUUUCACAAAAAAUUGGUUCAAUUAAUUUUUCAACAACAUUUGAAGAUACAAAUACUUAUGAAAGUGAAGCAAAAUCAUCAACAACUACAAGUCGUACAUAUGCUCAAGUAGUCUGUGGUGCUAAACCCAUUAAAAAAUCUGAAACACGAGCUGAAAAUCCAAAAGAAAAUGAACAAACAAAUGUAAUUGUAGAAACUCAAGAAAUUCCACCAAUUGUUGGAAGAAUAUACAAGCUCAGAUAUAGUUUAAGUGCACAAUUUGGUGUCCAUGAUGAUCAAUCAUCAACAGUUGAAUCAUCUUCAACAUCUUCAACAUCUUCAAAAUCAUCAUCAUCGAAAAAAGCUAACCAACGUCCAUGUCUUGUCAUUAGAAAAUCAUCAACAUCAGUCAAUGUGUUACUCAUUACUAGAUUUCACUAUCGUGAUCCUAGAUCUGAAGAAGUUUUACCCGAAUUAUCAAGAGAAGAUUUAUUAAAAUACUUUUUACCAAUUCAUCCAGCUUCUCUAAAUGAUGGGAGAAGAAGUGUGCGGCUUACAUUAUCACAAGCUCCAAGUUAUUUUCGUUCUUCAGAAAAGUCUUAUAUCAUUUUAAAGCCGCUUAUUGUUUCUUUAAACGAAAACUGGUCAAAACUCAUACCGGAGUACAUUGAUAAUGAUGAACUUUCUUAUAUCCGGGAUACUCUCUUCAACAUCUUGAUGGAAGAACAUGAUCAAUUGAUGGAAACAUUAAAAAUUAUAAGAAACAAUUCUGAAGACAAGGAUGAUGAAGAUAAGAGUACAACAUCAUCAUCAUCAUCAUUUUCUAUUUCUCGAUUCUUACAAGAAUCAUUUGGACAUAUUGAUUUAAGUUUAAACAGAUCAAAAGAAAUUGAACAAUGGUUAGCCGAUGUGGAACCAUCACCAGAAUGUACCAUCGACUUGAACAAUUAA